UUGCCGCGUACGUCCGUACAUACAACCUAACAACGCUCGAAAGUCGAGAGGAUUUUUUUAAAUUUCGAGAAAAAAACAUCGUAAUCUGACAUGGUUCGCAUUUUGUUCGUUCAUCCAGAUCUGGGCAUCGGUGGUGCCGAAAGGCUAGUGGUGGAUGCUGCGCUGGCACUGCAAAGCAAAGGUCAUACGGUCAGCUUUCUGACUAAUCACCAUGAUCCGGAGCAUUGCUUUGAGGAAACUCGCGACGGCAAGCUGCAAGUGCGGACAGUAGGCGACUGGAUUCCAAGAGAUAUCUUCGGAAAGUGCUACGCCGUUUUUGCGUACGUCCGAAUGGUGUAUGCGGCAUUAUAUUUUAGCUUGUGUCUAUCUAAAGAGGAAAGAUUUGAUGUGGUAUUUUGUGAUUUAAUUUCACUUGGUAUUCCUAUUUUUCGGCUUGCCAAAUCGAAACCGAAAGUUCUCUUUUACUGCCACUAUCCAGACCAGCUUUUGUCCAAACCAGGAAGCUUGCUUAAGAAAUACUACAGAAUGCCACUGAACUAUCUGGAAGAAGUCACCACUGGUCAAGCCGAUGGGAUAUUAGUCAACAGUAAAUUCACCAGCCGCGUUUUUAAGGAGACCUUCAAACGAAUAUCUGUAGAUCCGGAUAUAUUAUAUCCCUCAUUGAACACAAAGUACUUCGACGAAACAGUCGUUGCCGAAGAAGAUCAAAUCAUAGGCAUUUCACCUGACUGCUUCGUAUUCCUUUCGAUUAACCGCUACGAGCGCAAAAAGAAUCUCAACCUUGCACUGAACGCUUUUCAAAAGUUACAGGAAUUGGUAACUUCUCAGGAGUGGAACCGUCUUAUGCUCAUUAUCGCUGGCGGGUAUGACGAGCGAGUUCUUGAGAAUGUUGAACAUUUCGACGAGUUGGAAGAAUUAGCCGAAGAUAUGGGUCUUCGCUCGAAAAUAAAAUUUCUGCGCUCACCGAACGAUCGCGAGAAGCUAUUUCUACUGAAACGUGCUCAAGCGCUGGUCUACACACCGGAAAACGAACACUUUGGUAUUGUGCCAUUGGAGGGUAUGUAUCUCGGUAAACCCGUGAUUGCGGCCAACAGCGGAGGUCCAACAGAAACAAUCAUUCACGACCAGACUGGAUUUCUGUGUGAUCCCCAACCGGUUAGCUUUGCCAGUGCUAUGGCCAAACUUGUUCGAGAGGACAAAAACUGCGACAGGAUGGGUGAGAUGGGUCGCAAACGUGUCCAGCAACGGUUUUCAUUCGAGGCUUUCAGCACCAAGUUGGAUAAUAUCGUAACUGAUUUAGUCACUCGAACACAGGUUGAACCGCGCAAGCAAAAAUAGCAAAGACUUGUGUUUCCGCUGUCGAGUUUUCUACUUUUACAGACCAUGCGGAAUGUAAUUAAUUGACUGCUUCAUCACUUCCUGUCAAGUUUUGGUUAAUUUUUUGUGUUGCUAUAUUUGAAUGGAAAGUGAUUGUAGGCUAAUCAUGAAAAAAAAAAUUAAAACCAUGAUAUUUUUAAGUGUUAAUCAAAAAUGAUAUGCAAAUGUUGUGCAUUUGUGACUAAAAUAUCCCCAUAAGUUUGCCAUUUAGUGCAAACAAUGUGUGCUAAAAUAGAUUCUUAAUUGUUUAAAAAAAAACUUUUUCUUACUUCUUUGUAUUCUAACAGUUAAUGAAUCACAUUAUAGCAGGUUCAGCUUACGCUAUCAAUCACGCCUGUUUAGAGAACAUUACUUCUUUUAAAACUUAAUAGGUACAAGAGUCCUGAGAAUAAUGCUAAAAUACUAGAAUAGAGAAAAUAUUGUUAGUUGCGUGCCACUUUCAUCGUAGUAAAUAUUGCAUAUAAUACACAUUAUAGCCCAGGUUUUAAGA